AUGUCUGACGUUACUGCUGAUGGGUUCAAUGCUUCUCCUUUGUUCAAGGAAUUAGCUGAUGGUUUGAAAGAUGACGGAACCAAAAAGAAGGCUAUUGCCGGUGUCAAAGCUACUAUUGUUAUAACAUUGAAGAACAAGGAAGGCAAAGAUCAAUCGUGGUUAUUGGAUUUGAAAAAGGAAGGUUCUUUGACCAAAGUUGACAAAGUACCAAAGGCUGAUGUUCAAUUAAUCUUAAAAGAUGUUGAUUUCGUUAAAUUAGCUAACGGUAAGGCCAAUGGUCAAAAGUUAUUCAUGAACGGUAAAUUAAAGGUUAAGGGUAAUAUGAUGAAGGCAACCGCUAUUGAAUCUGUCUUCAAGCAAAUAGAUCCAAGACCCAAGUUAUAA